UCAUGGUUUCUGGGGCUAGCAGCUACAGACUGGAUUUCCAACAAGUAUAAACAAAAAUCGAAUGGGUAUAAACAUUACGUACCUAUUAUCAGAUUUUAUUUUUUACCUCCAUUAUCUACCCGCGCACCUAUGAGCCCCUAUGGCUGCAGGCUAGAUUCAACCCUCCGAAUCCCGGCAUGUCUCGAUCGAUUCCCUUUACAGCUUGUUCAAAGCAUAAAUAUUUUAUUACGGAAUAAUUAGCAAUUACUAGUGGCUGGCGUGAGUCGUUGAUAUUAUUAAGUCAUUAUUAUAAACGGCACGAGAACUCUUGUAAUGGACAACUCGGACGACCUAAAAUCAGAAAUUUUUGAUCCAAUCAUAACCGAAGACGACCCCGAAACGGACCAACUAAACAAUGCCGAUGUAGUUCUGCCUACUAACAACACAAAUAUAAUAGCAGAGCUAUCUGAUGUUCCGCCAGCUAUACAAAUAGAUGAAAAUAAUGAGCAAUCCAGCAAAGACAUGAUAGUAACAAGUUCUCAAUAUUUAAAUACUAAAUGCAAUAUGGCUAGUAGUGAUGAUACAGAAUAUUGGAAUUCACACGCAACAAUGGUAACUCCUCCAAAUUUAUGUAAUCAUAAUAUAAUAGAGGGAACUUAUUCUAAAGAAAUUAAGGACAUAGAAAUUUCAUCAUCAGCAGAGACCUUAGAAGAUAAACUUAAAUCGCCAAUGGAUUCUGAUGAAGAAACAGAUGAUAUAAACAUUUCAACUGAUAUUCAGUAUGUACGAUGUAUAGCUGCCAUCAAACUAAAAGACACAAAAAUAAUAGAGAUUUCAAUACUUGAUCCAUAUUUCAAAGUAGAUGUGAAAUCUGAAGGCUCACUCAGUGGUUACAUUGCCGAUCACUCUGGGUCAUCAAUAAGUUCAACAAUUGAAGAAAAGUUUUUAAUUCCAAAAGUUCCCUCUUAUUCUAUUUUAUCUGUUUCAUCUUCAAGCAGCAGUAGUUCUUCAAAUGUCCAUUUACAGCAAAUAAAAUCAAAACAAAAGAAAAUUACUUUAAUGUCAAAAAAUAAUUUGUCUUACACAUCACUGUCAUGUCCCAAAUGCAAAUAUUUAUUUCCGACUGUUAAACAUCUACCAGAUUAUAAUGAUGCAAAAUAUGAAGGAAACACUGCAAUGUACCCAGAAAUGUGUAAUUCUAAAAAUACAAAAAAUUCAAACAGUAAAAGAAAAAAUGAAGAAAUAAAUAAAACACAUGACGUUAAACUGGAAAAAGAAACAAUUAUUACUGAAGAUAAAGAUAAUGAACUUAUUACAAAACAAGAAUUGGAACAAAUACCUGAUACUCAGCUUGUAAUUGAUAGCAAAAUAACAGUUUCCUUUGAUAUUGGAUCAAAAGUAUUUGCGUAUUGGAUUGGAGACAAAAUGUUUUAUCCAGCAACUAUUAUUGAUAGAACAUUUCCUAAAUUUAAAGUAGAAUUUUUGUCUGACCAUCUUAUAAAGUCCUUAACUGAAGAUGGUCUCGUACACAGUGAUGCUUUAAGAACAGAAAUGUCCAUUGGAGUCAUUGACAAUGUAUCACAAGAAUAUAAAGUUGGUGAUAUCAUCACAAUUCCCAAAAUAAUUGAUGACGAACAAAAGUACAAAAUUGAUUUUGGUUCUGAAAUAGUUGAUGUUCCAUUUGAAAAAUUAGUAUUGAACACGGAGCAAGCCAAAAUGGUACAAGAAUUAACAGUUCAUAAAAAUGUUCAUGAUCUUAGCUCUUCUGAGGCGUCUACGGGUAAAAGAAUUCGACUAUCUCGUUCAACCAACAUAAAAAAAAACUUGUUAAAUAAAACAGCUAAUGAAUCAACUAAACGUAAAAAAUGUAAGCAAACUGAUGUUGAAAAAAAACGUAAAUGCUUAUUUCCUAAACAUGUCGAGCCUAAAGAUGUGCCCAGUACGAGUACUGGUAUUACCGUAGAAGCUGGUUUUAAUGCUCAUAGUAGGCGUUCUCUAUCUGAAUCUGAAUUUGAGGAUAACAGGGAAGAUGUAUGUACUAUUGAUAUGUCAAAAUUGAAUGAUUCUCAAAUCGAUAGUGAAUAUUCAUCUGCUGAAUCUGUGACCAAAAUAGAUUGUAAUGAAAAUACUAAAAUUAAAAAAGUAUUUUCCAAUCUAAAUUUUGUUAUAACUUACUCAAAAUAUAAACGACGGCCAAUGCCAGAUGAUAGUGACAAGAGUUCUGAAGACAAUGACGACACAACUCAAGAUCCUUACGAUGCUUCAGCUGUGGAUAAAAGGUCUUUGAAUAAAAAAAUAAUGAAGUAUGGUGGCACAACAUUUCGGCGGGUAAAUGAAGUACCCAAAAGCUUAUUGAAAUCUUGUUACCUCAUCACAGAUACACCAUCACAAACCUGCAAUUUUUUUUUGGCUUUAGCUCUUGGUGUACCAGCCUACCAUAUAAAUUUAAUUCAUCAAGCAGUUGAAGGAAAAAGAAUGUUUAAUGAAGUGAUAUCUGGUGUUAAGCCAAUAUCAAAUGGUUAUUCAUUAGAACAAAAGAAAAUGAUUUACCGUUCUCCAAACGCGGUCCGUUCAAAAAUAUUUGAUGGAUUCAUAAUAUAUGUAGCUUUGGGAGAAAAAUGGGAAACCAAAUUUUGGGCUUCACUGUUGACAUUCACUGGAGCCAUAGUUUAUACAUCGUGGAAAAACGGGAUAAAAAAGCCGUUAACAAGCCACACCACUGUUAUAUUAACAGAUAAAAAUUGUCCAAUAGAACUUCAAAGAGCUGAUGUACCAAAGGUAAGUAAAAUUUGGGUAAAUCAAUGUUUAAUAUGCGAAUCAGCCAGGCCUCUCGAUGGACAUGACGACUUUAUUGCUUUUUCAGACAUAGAUUAAAAUAAAUUUUGACAGUGAUACGUUUAAUACUCUGUUUAUAAUUAUUAGUUUUACAUUAACUACAUAUAUUUGUAUUAUUAUUUAUGUUCUUAAUUUAUUUAUAUAUUUUACUAAUAAAAACGAAAAGAAAAAUAUACAUUCUAACGUUUACAUUCAAA